AUCCUUAUAAAAAGAGUCAUAUUCCUUGAAAAGUUUUUAGGAAGUUACCACUUGUUAUUCUUAAGUUACUAGAUAUCCACUUGUCUUACAAAAAGUACUUCCAUAAUUUUCUACUAUUUGCCAAAAUUAAAAAUACUGCAACCAUAUUAUAUCAAAUCAAAUCGAAUCAUUACUAAACCCCGAUCAAAGACCCUUAAUAAUGAGCACCCAAGUCCAUCUAAACCCGACUAAACUUUCUAUACUAUCUCUACCCCGAGACAAGUAUUGGAUAUUCGCAUGCUCCAUAUUGCAACUUCUAUAUCACGAAUCCAACAAGUCUGGUAGUGGAUACAGUUCAGAUGGUGAUGACGAGGAUGAGUUUUCUGAUGACGAGGAUGACUCAGACAUUAAGGAUAACGGAUUUGAAGAGUUGAAGAAUGGAUUCAGUGGUGCAAUAAGCAGUAAACGAAACUCUUAUGAUUCUAUUGGGGAGGAGCUUAACCGAUUAUCUGUGGAUAAUUCAAGUAAAGUAAAAUCACCAGAUUCGGCCACUGAUCUCACACACUAUGAAGAUGAAUCAGAGCAUACAGAGGAACAGCAAGAAGAUGAGGAAGAGGAAGGUAACUUUUUCUUCCAUAUUGCAUUAACCCCUGAUGAAUGUACCAUUGUAUGCUCUAGCAAACUCAUGGAAGCAUACUUUUCCAACCCUAUUGAAAUUUGUGCCAGUUUGAACUAUUCAGUACACCUCCUACCUGAUUCAUUUUUGAGUUUACAAGUUGACAGUGAUGGAAGUUUUGAUCGAAGUUUAAGAAUACUCGAGCUAACCAAACCAUUAUCGGAAAAUGGGAUCUCAUUAUUUUUCCUUUCCAGCCAUUUCAAUGAUAUUGUUCUUGUUCCCUAUGAUCAAAAGGAAAAAGUUGUGUCAAUUCUUACUAAACAAAAUUUUGAGUUUAAUGACAUCUCCAAUAGUUAUAUAGGAAGCAACGACACAGAACUGGAAUCUACAGUUCACCCUGAAGGAUCAAAACUAUUGGAAAUAUCCACUUUCAAAUUAUUUGAACAAGCCAGCAUCAAACCUAUUAUCAACGACAACAUCAAGCUUUUGCUAACUGGAGCAAGAGCAGGAGAAGUCAGCAAUUCAAUCUUGAAAACAGCAAAAAUCUUGUCCAUCCCAACCACCAUCCCAGACUAUUUUGCCAUAACCAGAACUUCAAUCAAUGAAGUCUCACUCAUCCUCCCAAAAUCAUCCAAAAGAAGAAUCAAGAUGGGAUUCGACUCAAAGUUUAUUAUCGGAUCAACUCAAGACGUGAUCAUUCCAAUAACAAUCGACUUUUCUAAAUUACCUUUGGAUUCACCGGGUAUUGUUGCAGGAGUAGCCAGUAAGCUAAUCAAUGGAAUGAGAAGUUUGGACAAUGAUUGUGAAUUAAACUAUUUCUCCAUGGCUAAAUCGGGGGUCAUUAUGAUCCCAAGGGAGAAUGUGGAGAUGAUUGCUACGAUACUCGAGUAAGCAUAAAAGUUAUUUAUUUAUAUACAUCGCACAUAUAGAAAAAAAAUAGAAUAUAUAUAUAUAUGGGAAUUAACAUUAAGUUCAUAUGAUUUAUUGAAGCUGCGCAUUACGUUCAUUCUUUGUUUAAUUGGCUGCUGCGACUUUGAAAUCUUCACGGAAAACGGCUUCCUUUCUAGGUUCGAGCACCUGAGCUGGUGAUCCUCUAAAGUACUUGAGUAGGACAGCAAGGAUGAACAAUCCAACUAUGAAUCUAAACAAGGUUUUAAAGAAGCAAGGCAUGGUUUACUUUUGGUUGUA